GGCGGGGGGCGGCGGGGAGGGGCCGAGCGCAGGAGGCGGAGGCAGGAGCAGAGCAGCGCGGCCGCGCCGAGCCGGCCGGGCCGACCGUGACGGGUCCCCUCACCUCCUCUCCUUUCCCCUCCCCGAGCGCCCUCCCGUUCGCUCCUUCCUCACGCCGGGAGUAGGCUCCCGCCUGGCGGCGCCGCUUGGCGAGCCACUCCUCUUCGCCCCAGGCGCGCGGGGCGCUCCCGCGAGCCCCGCGGAUGCUGCUGCUAGGGGUGGUGGGAGCAGCCGUGGGACGUGUGGCCGGGAGAGGGGGUGACAGCCUGGGAUUCCGGGGGCUUCUCUUCCUUGUCCUCCUCUCCUCUCUAUUCCCAGUGUGGCCACGGCUGACACUAAAGACUUUGUAGCCAUCAACCCAAGUGCAGUUUCGAUGGAAAAUGAAGGUUGCACGUUUUCAAAAAAUUCCUAAUGCUGAAAAUGAGACAAUGAUUCCUGUAUUGACAUCAAAAAAAGCAAGUGAAUUACCAGUCAGUGAAGUUGCAAGCAUUCUCCAAGCUGAUCUUCAAAAUGGUCUAAACAAAUGUGAAGUAAGUCAUAGGCGAGCUUUCCAUGGCUGGAAUGAGUUUGAUAUCAGUGAAGAUGAGCCACUAUGGAAGAAGUAUAUUUCUCAGUUUAAAAAUCCCCUUAUUAUGCUGCUUCUGGCUUCUGCAGUCAUCAGUGUUUUAAUGCAUCAGUUUGAUGAUGCUGUCAGUAUCACUGUGGCAAUACUUAUCGUCGUUACAGUUGCCUUUGUUCAGGAGUAUCGUUCAGAAAAAUCUCUUGAAGAAUUGAGUAAACUUAUGCCACCAGAAUGCCAUUGUGUGCGUGAAGGAAAAUUGGAACAUACGCUUGCCCGAGACUUGGUUCCAGGUGAUACAGUUUACCUUUCUGUUGGGGACAGAGUUCCUGCUGACUUACGUUUGUUUGAGGCUGUGGAUCUUUCCAUUGAUGAGUCCAGCUUGACGGGAGAGACAACACCUUGUUCUAAGGUUACAGCUCCUCAGCCAGCUGCAACUAAUGGAGAUCUUGCAUCAAGAAGUAACAUUGCCUUCAUGGGAACACUGGUCAGAUGUGGCAAAGCCAAGGGUAUUGUCAUUGGAACAGGAGAAAAUUCCGAAUUUGGAGAGGUUUUUAAAAUGAUGCAAGCAGAAGAAGCACCAAAAACCCCUCUGCAGAAGAGCAUGGACCUCUUAGGAAAACAACUUUCCUUUUACUCCUUUGGUAUAAUAGGUAUCAUCAUGUUGGUUGGCUGGUUACUAGGAAAAGAUAUCCUGGAAAUGUUUACAAUUAGUGUAAGUUUGGCUGUAGCAGCAAUUCCUGAAGGUCUUCCCAUUGUGGUCACAGUGACUCUAGCUCUUGGUGUUAUGAGAAUGGUGAAGAAAAGGGCCAUUGUGAAAAAACUGCCUAUUGUCGAAACCCUGGGCUGCUGUAAUGUGAUUUGUUCAGAUAAAACUGGAACACUAACAAAGAAUGAAAUGACUGUUACUCACAUAUUUACUUCAGAAGGUCUACAUGCUGAGGUUACUGGUGUUGGCUACAAUCCAUUUGGGGAAGUGAUUGUUGAUGGUGAUGUAGUUCAUGGAUUCUAUAACCCAGCUGUUAGCAGAAUUGUUGAGGCGGGCUGUGUAUGCAAUGAUGCUGUAAUUAGAAAUAACACUCUAAUGGGGAAGCCAACGGAAGGAGCCUUAAUUGCUCUUGCAAUGAAGAUGGGUCUCGAUGGGCUUCAACAGGACUAUGUCAGAAAAGCUGAGUAUCCUUUUAGCUCUGAACAAAAGUGGAUGGCUGUUAAGUGUGUACACCGAACACAGCAGGAUGGACCAGAGAUUUGUUUUAUGAAGGGUGCUUAUGAACAGGUGAUUAAGUAUUGUACUACAUACUAUAGCAAAGGGCAGACAUUGGCACUUACCCAGCAGCAAAGAGAUCUGUACCAACAGGAGAAAGCACGAAUGGGCUCUGCAGGGCUCAGAGUUCUUGCUUUAGCUUCUGGUCCGGAACUGGGACAGCUGACAUUUCUUGGCCUGGUGGGAAUCAUUGAUCCUCCCAGAACUGGUGUGAAAGAAGCUGUCACAACACUCAUUGCCUCAGGAGUGUCGAUAAAAAUGAUUACUGGAGACUCACAGGAGACUGCAGUUGCAAUUGCUAGUCGUCUGGGAUUGUAUUCCAAAACUUCCCAGUCAGUCUCAGGAGAAGAAAUAGAUGCAAUGGAUGUCCAGCAGCUUUCACAGAUAGUACCAAAGGUUGCCGUAUUUUACAGAGCUAGUCCAAGGCACAAGAUGAAAAUUAUUAAGUCUCUACAGAAGAAUGGCUCAGUUGUGGCCAUGACAGGAGAUGGAGUCAAUGAUGCGGUUGCUCUGAAGGCUGCGGACAUUGGAGUUGCGAUGGGUCAGACUGGCACGGAUGUUUGCAAAGAGGCGGCAGACAUGAUCCUUGUGGAUGAUGAUUUCCAGACUAUAAUGUCUGCAAUUGAAGAGGGCAAAGGGAUUUAUAAUAACAUUAAAAAUUUUGUUAGAUUCCAACUGAGCACGAGCAUAGCAGCAUUAACUUUAAUCUCAUUGGCUACAUUAAUGAACUUUCCUAAUCCUCUCAAUGCCAUGCAGAUUUUGUGGAUCAAUAUAAUUAUGGAUGGACCUCCAGCUCAGAGCCUUGGAGUAGAACCAGUGGAUAAAGAUGUCAUUCGUAAACCUCCACGAAACUGGAAGGACAGCAUAUUGACCAAAAACCUGAUACUUAAAAUACUUGUAUCAUCAAUAAUCAUUGUUUGUGGGACUUUGUUUGUCUUCUGGCGGGAGCUACGAGACAAUGUGAUAACACCUCGAGACACAACAAUGACUUUCACGUGCUUUGUAUUUUUCGAUAUGUUCAAUGCGCUAAGUUCCAGAUCCCAGACCAAGUCUGUAUUUGAGAUUGGACUCUGCAGUAAUAAAAUGUUUUGCUACGCAGUUCUUGGAUCCAUUAUGGGACAGUUGUUAGUAAUUUACUUUCCUCCACUUCAAAAAGUUUUUCAGACCGAGAGCCUAAGUAUACUGGAUCUGCUGUUUCUUUUGGGUCUCACCUCGUCAGUGUGCAUUGUAGCCGAAAUUAUAAAGAAGGUGGAAAGGAGCAGGGAAAAGAUCCAGAAGCAUGGUUUCAUGGGAGAUGACAAGGCAACAUCAGAAGCUUGCUCUCUUGAUGCCAUCCUUCCCAGAGGCAGGAACUGCCUCUCUCUGAUCAUAAAAUACACAACAUAUUCAUUGGAGAUGUUUUUACAUAGAAGAGGAGGAAAAUAGUUUAUUAUCUCAACACCCAAAGACUUUAACCUAGGCUUCAGACAUAGAUCCAGCUGCCCAGCAGAUGUUUUCACUUAAGCACCUGAAACUUAACAUAUCCACAACAGGAACCCUGGUUCUCUAGCUUCCCAUCUAAACCUCAUCCUACACAAAUGAAUGACAACUGAAUAGGAAAUAGGAAAACAGGGUUCAUGCCAGUAUUUUAGGAAGGAUAAAAAUGCUGUAUAACCAUAGCAAUUUUAGUAUAAUAAUUUUAGCAUAUAAUUUAUAGCAUUUCUCAUUGACACAUUUAUAAGCACCAAUUUUUCAUAGUGAUGUAGUCUAUAUUCACAAAGAAGUUCCCACAUUAGAGAAAGUUCUUCUAACAGGUGGAUUAACCCAUUUAUAACCCCUCCUCUCUCAUGGAAUAUAAUUUAUUAUUCUCUAUCCAUGUUAGCAAGCACUGAGACACUGCAGAGUAGACGUUCUGUUUUCCCUAUUAACAUCUCUUGAUUUGUUCCCCCAUAAUGUGUAACACACAUGAAUCAGACAGAAGUUAUGGGGAGGGUAUUGUCCAGACAGACACAGAACAGUUUUCCAAGAAGAAACAGCACCUCAGUUAGUCCUCCAAAAAGCACCAAUUCUAUGAAAAAACACAGUGGGAAAGUUUUCCUAAGCUUGUAUGCUAGAUCACAUUGGCUUAAUUUUUUCAAAUGUUUCAGUUCUCUAAAUUAUCAGAUUCCAGUAUUGAUACAUUUUGAUCAGUUUGGGUUUUUUUGGUAAAAACAUUCCUAAGUGUUUCCUGAUCUUGAUGACAGUGAAUUAUAUUGUAUAAAGAAAUCUCCCAAGUGACUCCGAAGUCAUAAUGAGAAAUCUAUUUCUUAAAAUAUGUAUGUGUGUAUAUGUAUAGGUACACACAAAUAUAUAAAUAUUGAGAGAAUGAUUUGGCUUAAUUUUAAUCAGAUCUCUAAAAUGUUAUCAAGACUAGUUAGGAAUAAAAGCAAUUGCAUGUGUAUUGCAACAUGUUCAUGUGACAUUUGAUUUUUCUACAUGAAAACUAGAUCCAGUGAAACAAGCUGGAAGUACUUUUCCAUGUAUUACCUCAUUCAUCUAUUUUUCUCAUCAUAACAGACUGAUACAUGGCCUGGUGCAGUCAUGUCUUUGAAUUUUAAAACGUUCUUCCUCAGCAUGAGGUUCUUAUCUUAGAAUUUAUAGUUCAAUGAACUUGAAUUUUAGCAUGUUUCAGACCUGGAACGAAAUGCCAAAGCAGCUUACCAUACAUUGUUCAGAAAGCUAUUGCUGAAAGUGGGGGAGCAUCUUUUUAAAAAUACAAAAUAAAUAGUAUUUCAUUUCAAAUUGACACAAGGUACAGAAUCAUAAUCAGCUAUCUUGACUGAAAUGCAUCAAUGUAAGAUAUGCGAUAAAUACCAAGUACCUGAUAUCCACCUCACUAAAAAUACAGGGUCACUACGUUUGUCGUUCUAGGGAUGUGAAGUUGUUUCUCCUGUUCUUGGAGGUGACUGCUUUCCAGGGGCUGUUCUGGGUUCACAGUGUGCAAGCCAGCCAAGUAACAUGCGCUAGGGAUUUCCCGGCGAACUAGAAAUCUCACUAAGGGGGAAAACUGGCUUGGGCCUCCUUAGGAUUGUAGGGUAAGGCAUAUCUGCUGUUAAUUUUGUCCUGUCUUCAAACAUAAGUUUUAAAACCAACUAUGUUCAAAUCUGGUUUUAAAAACAAUACAGAAAAUUCCUUGAGAGCAAGAAAAAAGCGCAUGCAGGAAGGGCACAAAUACCCACGGGGCAGUUAUUCCUUCUGGUCUUUUUUCCUUAUUUUCUGAGGUUGAGUGAGCUUGGCUGCCUAUUCACAUUGUCUUGGCACUUCUUUUUUUAGUGUGGCUUCAUCCUGACAGCUCUGCUUAAGUUGCUUUGGUCUCAUGAUCUUGUCCUUGUCCCGUUGGCCAUAUUUGAUAGUGUUGACCUCCUUGCCUCUGCAGAAUUUCUGCCAUUAGCUCUGGCAGCCAUUGGUCUCAUAGUUUUGAUCUUUCUGCUCAGCCCUCUCUCACUCCUGCCCAGAUCCCUUGCUCUGCUAUUGGUUUUCUUGUGUGGAUGUAACAAUAAUGGCUAUCAUUUAUUACAUGUUGUUAGUGCCAAGCACUGUGCUUAGUAAUUUGAAAGUGCAUGUCAUUUUAUCUUUAUAUAACACUUGGAAGUAUUAUCCCCAAUUUACAGAUAGGGUAACUGAGGCAUAGUCAAUUCAUUUCUUUUAUUCACAGAGGAAGAAAAGAUAAUUCUGAAAUCUUAGCUAUAAAGGUCUUUAGCUUCUUAUAUUAUAACUAAUUUGAAUUUUAAAUACAAACAAAUAUUAAAAUUAAUUUGAAUUUUUUGUCAUGAUCAAUCAUGAAAUGCCUAUAGGGUUUAUAUUUAUAGGAUAUAUACAUUUUCUUUUUAGCUCUAGGUAUCUUAAAAAGGGGUUGGUACCCAUAAAGUUCAAGUAUAAUUUUAUCACAGAACAUGGUUAUAGUGUUUUUCUUCUUUCAACUUUACUCCUAAAAUUUAUUCAAUUUAAAAAGCCAUCCAGAGUUCCUUUCAUACUUAAACUAGUAACUGAAGACUUACAUUUCCAACGCCUCAGGUGAGCUUUGAUUAGCUAGAAUUGAAUCAGAAAGAGCAAGACCCAAACACAUGAUUAAAAACAACAAAUUUUCCAAAUGGAUUGUGGAAUGUGUGACAUUCUGCUUCUACAGAGAUGUUUCCGUUGCCUCUGCAUCUCCUCUGAAUUCCAUCCCUGUCUCUUAAAGCCAAGCUCAGAAGCCAAAACUGAGAAUCUUGUGACCUAACCUCUCCUCAUCCAGGUGACUCCUGCCUCCUUUAGUCUCACCUUGCCAUUUUGUACUUGACAGAUUGCUUCAUUAAAUGUUCUUGUUAUUUCAUUGUGUUUUGUCUCACCAAGCAGCUGCACAAGUACGACUUUGGGGAUCAGGUAUUAUAUCCUAUUUCUUUGGUAAACCCCUCAGAUACCCUGUGGAGUGCUUAUGACCUCUCAUUUCAUAAAUCCAAGAUAUAUAAUGAGGCAGGGUAAUGCCUUAAUUCUCAGAGUAAGUCAAUGGACAUUAUUAGAUUUUAACUCCUUACUGCAAGCCUAGGUGGAUAAUUUCAAGUAAAUGGCCCUGAUCGUAAUGGCCAGAGAAGGGAAUCUGACUUCUUAUGUUUACUGAAGGAAGGCCCCUUUGCUUAAAAAACUCCUUUUAAUGAAAGAAAAAGAUGAAUGGUAUAAUUAAACUUUGUAGCUUAUACACUCUUCAGUUUGGUGCCUAUCAAACCAUUUGCCAAAGUGGAAGUAGAAAAAGGUGUUCAUGCAAGGUUGGUGGUUUGCAAGGGCAGGGUUGAUGAUAAAGCCAGGAAAUAGGAUAUUCUUACUGGUAUAACUUCCAGACACCCCCAACUACAGGAAUCAAGAAAGAGAGAAUUUUGAUACAACGAAGGACUUAAUAUGCUUGUGAUUACUUAGAUGUGCUUAGAUCUAUUUGUUGGAAAGACAUGUAUCAAUAAUAGAGCAUAUGACUGCUUUUUUGAUUUUUCUGUGAAUAGCCAUCUCUUUAGAGACCUAAAAACCACCUCUUAGUAGAGAGCCCCAUGUGCACCUCCUAAAAUAAACAAAAAUUUUAUUUCAAGAAUUCUUUAUUUGAAACAGAAGCCAGUCUUUAGGGUUGAAAACUUUAGGGAACAAACAAGAUGGUGUUUUUGUCUUUUGUAAAUGGCUAAAGCCAGUAAACACUUGGAAGGUGUGUACCGAACACUGGCUGAUGCUAGACGUACUCCCCUAAGCGUAUGGUUCUCACUAGAAAAGUGGAAAGACUUGUUUGUUAGAUGUUAGGAACUGAAUGUAGGCCUGUUCAACGUGGCAGCUUAAAACUAUGUUUAGGCUUCUUACUGAUAGAAUGCAGCCAGUGAGAGAGUACAGAAGAAAGGAAAAACACAAUUUGUGUGAAUACAAAUAAAAACGGUUGGGAUUAUACCUUCAGAUCUAUAGAUCUUGCCCAAAUAGAUUGAUUCCACUUGCUUGUUUAUUUUCAAGUUCUUUAUUUGGAACUGGCCAGCACCUUCCCAAUUCUACUGGUAGUUAUAAUUUUAGCAGCCUCUAGUGUGUUCCAGAGCAGUGCCUUUCAAAGUCUUUUGACUGCAAUCUACAGUAAGAAAUGCAUUUUGUACAACCAUUUAAUAUAUUAUAUGCAUGUCUGAUGAUUUCCACUUAAAAAAAUACUGGUUAUGACUUACUGAUUUCAUAUCCCAUUAAUGGGUCAAUACUUGUAGUAUAAAAAAAUGGCCUAAGAUUCUGGUAUUGCUGCAUAUAUCACUAAUAUUUUAAUUUCUUUAUAGCGUUUCCUCCUCCUCCUCUAGAUCCAGGAGCUCAGGAUGCUAUUUCUUAAUUUGUUGGAGCCAUUACAAUUUCAACUUCUGCUUUAAAACCUGGAGCAUAUAAAGUGUUCCUCAAGCCUGCCAUGGUCUCAUUUUCCUAGUACUUAAAAGUGUUUACCUUCUGUCUGGCAUCCUCAACUUCUCUCUUCUAAGGCUUGGACCUUUCAGAAUAAAGGAUGAAGAGAAAACAGUUGGGGAAAAAUGUUUUGAAAUGAUAAUAACCCAGCUUCUGCUUCUGGGAAAUAAUUAAGUAGAACUUCUAUUCUUUUUGAAAACAUAGCUGGCUGAGUUGCUGCAAUGUAAAGGUUAUAGACUUAUUAUUAAUUUCCUAAAAUGGAAUGAGAAGUACAAACAUGCUUUCAAGAGUGUUUAAGAAAAUACUGGUUUCUUAAAUCAGGUUGUAUUUAUUAAAAGCAGAAUACAAAAUACCUUGGAAUUCGAA